AUGGACCCUACCCGUGCGGCGAGCGUUCCCCCCCCUCUGGUAGAGAGCCCGACCGCCUUCGUGACCUCCGGCUCGGAAGGAUCUAGCUUCUUCGGGAAACGACAGGGAUCCCCCGUGCAACUGUUCGACGAGCGCCGGCCUCAACGCCAGGAAUCCCAUUGGGACACCCCGGACAGAGAUUGGAUUCCCGCUUUUCGUAGCCAACAUCGAGAACACCGGAGGAGGCGGACUCUUAUACUUUGUUUCGAUGGCACGGGGGACUCUUUCGACGACGAUAACUCUAACGUAGUCCAGUUGAUAUCGAUGCUGAAAAAGGAUGAUGCGAACGAGCAAAUGGUUUACUAUCAGACGGGUAUCGGAACUUACAGUGGCAAUCCACUGUUGGCUUUGCCAUUGGUUCAAGCUAUCUCAAGAACAUUAGACGAAAUGGUCGCAUGGAAUCUCGGCCGUCAUGUGAAAGAUGGUUACGAGUUUCUCAUGAACAAUUACAGCGCUGGCGACAAGAUCUGCAUAUUUGGUUUCAGCAGAGGCGCGUAUACCGCAAGGGCAUUGGCAGGCAUGCUGCAGAAAGUCGGACUGCUCUCGGCAUUCAAUCAUCAGCAGCUUCCGUUUGCCUAUGAUAUGUUCAAACGCGAUGAUGACUACGGUUACAAGAUGAGCGUUUACUUCAAGAAAACGUUCUCAAUCCCUGUCAAAAUUGACUUCGUUGGCGUCUGGGAUACUGUGGCAUCUGUUGGGGUCAUCCCUCGCUAUUUGCCCUUUGCCAGCACGAACACUGCGAUACGGAUCUUUCGUCACGCUAUUGCAUUAGACGAGCAUCGCGUUAGAUUUGUACCCAACUUCUAUCACAGCGACAAUGCGUCCGAUCCGCACAUAAAGCACGAACCCCGCCGCCAGAGUACCUCCGCUCAUUUAGAAGCUGAAGAGAUCAAUCGUUCGACAGGUCAGGUCACUGACACCAAAGAAGUGUUCUUCGCCGGUGCACACAGCGAUGUAGGUGGGGGGUCUGUCAAGAACUUCACCCGUCAUAGCCUGGCACGCAUUUCACUGCGAUGGAUGAUCCGGGAAUGUUUCAGGACCGACACCGGCAUCAUAUUCGACGCUGAACUGUUGCGCGAUGUGUUAGGCAUGGACGUGGAUCGUCUGAGAGACGGUGACAUGUCCGAACCACAAAGGAUCAGUCCCAAUCCCAAGGACCCGCUACAAGUCAUUAUGGCCAGCGAUGAAUCCCCUGGAUUCUGGUCUGCCCUCUGGGAUUUAUGCUUUGGCACGAUAGCAGCACCGCUCUACAUCAUCUGGAACAUCUUCUCGUGGUUAGCAGGUCGACCAACGAUCGAGUCGGCAAACAGAGCCGCCGCCAUGGUAUCCCGCCGUGAACCGUGCGUUCGGAGCAUGAAACAGAAGUCGUACGAAGGGGAAGCAAUCGAGGAGUUGCAUGAUGCCCUUUCCCCCAUGUACGACCAGAUGGACAAGAAACUUUUCUGGCAAAUGAUGGAGUGGAUCCCUCAGAAGGGCAAGCGCCAGAGAGAUGUCGUCGAGGAGAAUGACGUCUAUGUAUGGAUAUUGAACAAGGGUCGCGGUCGCAAGAUUUUUCGAGAUAUUAUGAAACGUAAAAUCCUUGUUCACCAGUCUGUCCUUACACGCUUGGAGGCCCUCGACGAGCAAGGCAAACCGGGGUCAUACAUCCCGCGCAUCCGGCCCAACUUACAUUACAAAGAAGCGCGAAAGGACGAGAACCGCCGUGGAUGGACGUGGUGGCGGCAUCUCCUCGAGCUAUUCACUACAGACGUUGCCGAACAGCUUUCACAUACCCAAUGGAUGACCGGAGCAGGCGAUUGGUUCCAUUGGGAGACAUGGCAUGCGCGCUCUGAUGACAGGAUCAACGACGACUAG